UGACUCUGUAGUGUUUCUAGGCUAUGGAAGAGCUGGUGGAUGCAGGAAUGGUGAAGGCAAUUGGAGUCUCCAACUUCAACUGCAAACAGAUAGACCAGCUCCUAAGCAAACCAGGCUUAAGACACAAACCUGCAAAUAAUCAGGUUGAGAGCCACCCCUAUCUUCAUCAGGAAUUGCUGAUCAAGUUUUGCCAGUCCAAAGGUAUCUCUGUCACUGCAUAUUGCCCCCUUGGGGCACCCAACUGGCCAUGGUCCAAGCCUGAGGAUAUUUCCCUUUUUGAUGAUCCCCAAAUUAAGGAAAUCGCACUCAAGCACAACAAAACCCCAGCUCAGGUGCUUAUCCGCCUCCAGAUUCAAAGAAAUGUGAGUGUAAUUCCCAAAUCUGUCACUCCGCACUGCAUUGAAGAAAAUGUUAAGGUGUUUGAAUUGGCUGAAGAGGAGAUGGAAACCUUACUUGCUUUCAAGAAGCAGUAUCGCAUCUGUAUGUUAAGCGAGUGCAAAAAUCACAAGGACUAUCCUUUUCUGGAAGAAUAACAUAGGCACCACCUUCAGAUCCUCCAGGGAUCAGGACCAUAUAUCAUUAUUUCAAGCAAUUUGUAACACUUCAUGUGUAUUAAAUCACAAUAAGUGGAAUAUGUAUUACAAGAUGGGAGAAGGUAGCUCACAGGCAUUCUGAAAAGUAACCUUCGAGCAUGCGUUUGCUUCCCAUAUUGUCAACCACAGUUACAUCAGUCCUUUAUCUGUAUCUUAGCUCUGCUCUUGUAGUGAAAUUCUCAAUUCUAUCAAGAUCUAUGUUCUCUUAUCAUUUAGUAACAACAGUUCAAGUUUAAUAAACCUGAAUCUUUGGGAUUUGUGAAAAGCAGCCUUUGCCAUAAAUAUAAAUCCUGACCAGUUUUAGAGAAAUUUAGAUUCUCCUAGUGGCUGUGUUUGUGGACAGAAGGUCAAAACAUAUGCUAUCUUUAAGCUGUUAAUGUAAGACAAUCCAUUUAACAUCAGAAGGUCUUUAUGAGAUAACACAAUACACUCACUGCUUGAGAUUUUUAGUUCAGUAAUUCCAGCAUAACAGAUUAGAAGCUCUUUAGAGGACACCACUGAAUUAUGUUUCAGGAACAUUUUCUUAAUGAGGUUUCCUAUUUAUGAACUGCUAAAAACUAACAAACUAGUAGGAGAUUUGUAUGUUUGGUUUAUCAUAUCUACAAAAGUACAUAAAUACUGCCUUUUAUCAGCAGAAUAGCUGCAGUUAAGACUGUGAAUCACUCCCAGCAAAUCCAAAGUCUGAAAAAGGAGACACAGAGGAAU